CUAGGGUGCCAGUCUGUGGGCGGGGUCGGGCCGCACAUGCGCGGUGUGUGUACCGUUUGUUAUUGUGGGCGGUCAGUGUGGAUGUGUGUUGCGUGAGCGGCCCGUGAGUCUGUGUGGGCCGGAAAUCCGUGAGAGAGCCGUUUGGAGAACAACCGUACCGGAGUGACGGAAGCCUGGUGUUGGAGAAGCGGGGAGACGCCGGAAGUGGCCGCAGCUCGGCCGCACUCGGAGGGACGGCCGGAGGCCCUGAUAUGGAUCCUGAGAGACAGUGAGGAUACGCAGGCAGUUUCACUGUAACUCAUUCGAAAGGUAACCAGUAUGGGCGCGAAAGAGAAACUGGAAGCCAUGUUGAAUGUGGCCCUACGCGUACCCAGCAUUAUGCUGCUAGAUGUCUUAUAUCGAUGGGAUGUCAGCUCCUUCUUCCAGCAGAUCCAAAGAAGCAACCUCAACAACAACCCUCUCUUCCAGUACAAGUACCUGGCACUCAACAUGCAUUAUGUUGGUUAUAUCCUGAGUGUUGUACUUCUGACUUUACCUCGACAGCACCUGGCUAAGCUGUACCUCUACCUUGUAACUGCUUUGCUGCUCUACACCGGCCACCAGAUUUCCAGGGAUUACGUCCGCAGCGAGCUGGAGUCUGGCUAUGAGGGUCCCAUGCAUCUGGAGCCAUUAUCCAUGAACAGGUUUAUCGCAGCACUUGUAGGGCAGCUGGUCGUUUGCACAUUGUGCUCCUGUGUGAUGAAGACGAAGCAGAUCUGGCUAUUUUCAGCUCACAUGCUCCCCCUACUGGCUCGUCUCUGCCUUGUUCCAGUUGAGACUAUUGUCUUCAUUAACAGAUUUGCCAUGAUUUUCACUGGACUGGAAGUGCUGUACUUUCUGGCAUCCAACCUGUUGGUGCCCUUUAAUCUCGCCAAGUCGGCAUACAGGGAGCUUGUCCAGGUGGUGGAAGUCUACGGUCUCCUCGCACUAGGAAUGUCUCUCUGGAACCAACUUGUGGUCCCUGUGCUGUUCAUGGUGUUCUGGCUGGUCCUGUUUGCACUCCAAAUCUACACUUACUUCAGCACACGUGACCAGCCCACGUCCCGCGAGAGGCUGCUGUUCCUCUUUCUUACAAGCAUUGCAGAGUGCUGUAGUACACCUUACUCUCUCCUGGGUUUGGUCUUCACGGUUUCCUUUGUGGCUCUUGGAGUCUUGACCCUCUGCAAGUUCUAUCUCCAGGGGUAUCGAGCCUUCAUGAAUGAUCCUGCUAUGAACAGGGGUAUGACGGAAGGGGUGACUUUGCUGAUCCUUGCUGUGCAGACAGGUCUGAUAGAGUUACAAGUAGUCCAUCGAGCUUUCCUUCUCAGCAUUAUUCUGUUUAUAGUGGUGGCUUCCAUCCUGCAGUCUAUGCUGGAGAUAGCCGACCCCAUCGUCCUCGCUCUGGGGGCAUCACGAGACAAGAGCCUGUGGAAGCACUUCCGUGCUGUCAGCCUGUGCUUGUUCCUUCUGAUUUUCCCUUCCUAUAUGGCUUACAUGAUCUGCCAGUUCUUCCACAUGGACUUCUGGCUCCUGAUUAUAAUAUCAAGCAGUAUCCUCACUUCUCUGCAGGUACUGGGCACUCUCUUCAUCUACGUUCUGUUUAUGAUUGAGGAGAUUCGCAAGGAGCCAGUUGAAAACAUGGACGAUGUUAUUUAUUACGUUAAUGGAACCUACCGCCUGCUAGAAUUCCUAGUGGCGUUGUGCGUGGUGGCCUACGGUGUCUCAGAGACAGUCUUCGGGGAAUGGACUGUAAUGGGGUCCAUGAUCAUCUUCAUCCACUCAUACUAUAACGUCUGGCUGCGGGCACAGCUUGGAUGGAAGAGCUUUCUGCUGCGCAGGGACGCUGUAAAUAAGAUCAAAUCCUUACCUAUCGCCACCAAAGAGCAACUGGAGCAACACAACGACAUCUGUUCUAUAUGCUACCAGGACAUGAAUUCAGCUGUCAUCACUCCCUGCAGUCAUUUUUUCCAUGCUGGAUGCCUUAAAAAGUGGCUGUAUGUGCAGGAGACCUGUCCUUUAUGCCAUUGCCAGCUAAAGUCUCUGUCUCAGCAGGCAGGGGCCGAACCUGGCCCUGGUGCAAUCCCUGCCCCGGAAGUCAAUACACUCCAGCCGCAACCAGUAGACGUCACCAGGGGGCAGGAGGCGGAAGCUGUGGCAGAAAACGAGCGGCGGCAGGGCACUUUAGAAUCGGAGCAGGCAAGAGACACUAACUCCCCCGAGUCUCCAGAGAGUAAUCCAGAACAGACAGAGGAGGUUCUUCAUAAAGACAAUGAAGGGCUGGCUGACAGAGCGUGUUGCAGGAGGGCAGCUCACCUUUCCGACACACCGCAGGGCGAAGACUUUAAAGAGAAUUGUUUUUCCCAAGCGAGCGGAGUUUGCGCAGGAUUCUGAUUGUAAUCUUUGCCUCCCACUGGGACUUGUCAUUUCAAAGCCAAACCCCAUCCUUACCACAUGCAGCAUUCUGCAAUUCCAGAAAAGGACUUUAGCACUGACAUUCAUCAAAGCGUAUGCAAAAAAAUUUCCCAUGUGGAUCUCAGUUUUUUUCUUUUUUAAUGUUUCAGUGCUGAAGACGAUAAUUAAACAAUUCUUUCUGACCUCUGCCAACCACUGCCGAUGGAUACCGAUUACUGCUCAUGUCUGCGGGUGCUCAAUAUGGGGAAAAGUGUGUUUUUGUUUUACCAUUUAUUUUUCCAUCCCCUUUACUGCUAAAUAACGUUCUGUGAAUUAUGGCAGACGAAUCUUUUUAUUUUAAAUUAGGAGGAUUCAAGGCCAUCAACAUCUACACGGAAAGGCACCAAUCACGUUCUGUUUUGACUGAAUGGACGGAAGCAUGGGGGGAAGGAGUUGACUCCGCUGGUGUGAUUCCUUGAAGAGGAUGCUACACACUUGCAUGCUCACUUGCUUGCACUUGAAGUAUACACAAUCGGGGGAAUUUAAAGGGGCGGGGACAUCACUGGAUCAUGAACAAGUCGGUGGACCCUGCAAAUUCUUUUUAUUUUAUUUUUCUUCCAGUAGUAUUGCGUCGCAGUGCUAUUCAGCCCUUAUAUGAAGUAUUUUUGGAGUUCAGGUGACCACUAUUUUGUGGGAUGAGCUUCAUAGCACAGAUGGGGCAGAUGAAUCGCAUUACUGAGGUCUUGUAAUUAUAAAAAAAAAAAAAGAAUACAGUGUUAAUGGCAAUAUUUGCACUUUUUGGAAAUGAGUACAUAUCUCUUGUGUAUGAUCAAAUACAGCAAAUGCCAUAUUGAGGCUGUCAGUAGAGCUAGCACUCUGAGAUGGAGAGAGAAUUUUGUUUUGGUUUCUUUUCAUAUUUUGGCCCCGACCAGUAUGUCGUGUUAAAUUUUUACAUUGAUCUUUGCUUUAGUUGGAAGAAAAAAACAACAAUUUUUUAUGUGAAUUUUGAUAAGAAAAAAAAAAAAAAAAAAAAAAAUUAUUAAUUUAUACUAGUACACAUUGGCUGUAAAAGGAAAAAAGGUUGAGGUCAAUCUUUCUGAUGUAAAAUGUGACUCUUUAUUUUAGAUAACAGUUUAAUUUGCUCUUUUUUUAGUGGUACAUUUGGAUGUAGACUGACAGACAUGGCUGAAUGUCUUAAUAAAUUAUAUUUAAACAUG